CAUUGAGGUAGAGUGAGCGGGGCGCACGUGUGUUCCGUUGUAUUGUGUGAGUAAUGUUAUUACUCGUGUUGCUGUGUGCGGUAGCAGCGUCUGCGCAAGACGCGCCUAGAGUAAACAUCACUCAAGGCGUAAUUGUAGGAGCACGGGUCAUUGAUGGUGACUAUUUAUCAUUUUAUGGCAUUCAUUAUGGCGCGCCGCCGACAGGAGAAAAUAGAUUUAAGGCCCCAAAGGAAGCCCCUCCAUAUCCUGGCGAUUUCCAUGCUGUCAAUAGUGACGUAAUAUGCGCACAACCGUCUUCAAGAGGCCUCAUUGGCGAAGAAAAUUGCCUUGUGGUCAAUAUCCACACAAAAAACUUGACAACGCCGAAACCAGUACUUGUAUGGCUUGAAGGUGAAGAAUAUGAAACAACCAGCAAAACAUUGUAUUCAUACAAGGAACUUAUUCUAGAAGGCCUAGUUGUUGUAACAAUGAACUAUCGCUUGUCCAUCUUUGGUUUUCUUUGCCUCGGUGUUCCUGAAGCACCUGGUAACGCGGGAUUGAAAGACGUUGUCCUCGGGUUAAAAUGGAUUCAAGCUAAUAUAGCGGCAUUUGGAGGUGAUCCCAAUAAAGUAACAUUACUCGGCCAUGGGUCGGGAGGAGCUAUGGUAGAUUUAAUGACUAUGUCACCAUUAGCUAAGGGGUUAUUCCAUAACGUUAUGGUUCUCAGUGGUUCAGCAUUGGCUCCUUGGGCAAUAGCGUAUGAUCCUAUAGGUUAUGCAACAAAACUUGGAGCUAAAUUAGAAUACACUCGCAAAAAUCCAAGUGAAUUAGCGAAAUUGCUUUCUACAACUGAUAUAAAUGUUCUUUCCAGUGUGCUAAGUGACUCCGUAUUCUAUAACAAUACUCCAUUAUUCGCUCCUUGCAUUGAAAACGCUAAAUUGAAUCCAAACGAAACAUUUCUUUCUGAAGCUCCAAUUAAGCUACUAAGAUCUGGCAACUAUAUAGAUGUGCCGUACGUAGCUGGUUUCACAGAUAGAGAAGGAACGAUUCGUGCUAAAGAAGCAGCUCUUGAAAAUUGGCUGCCUACUAUGAACGUUAAAUUUGAAAAUUUCUUAACAGUAGAUCUCGCAUUUAAGACUGAUAAAGAUAAAUUAAAUGCAAGUAAGGUUAUUCGAGAAUUUUAUUUUAGGCAACGACCUAUUAAUAUGGAAACUAUAGAAGAUUUCUUAGACUACAUGGGAGACAUUUUAAUACUUGUACCCGUUACACGAGGAGUUGUAGAAAGAGCCUUAACUUCGAAUUCAAGUGUACGGUUAUUUGAAUUUGCAUUUAGGGGAACACAGGACUCAGACUGGCCGUACCCGCAGAUACCACUGAAUGGUGUGAAGCACGGUGGAAUCCUGAAUUAUCUCUUUAAUUUCGAUUUAAAAGAAAAUGCAAGUAAUGCGAGAUCUUCAAUUAUUAAGCGAGUUGUUCAUUUCGUUCAAACUGGGAACCUUCAACCACCAAAGACAGUGGAAUUGGGAAUUCUUUUAGACAGCUACAUGAACUUGAGCUUCUUACACAUCGGAGGCGGAGAGAUAAAUUCUCAGUUGAUAUAUGUUAAGGAAGAAGUGCACAUGAAUACAUACAAAGACAGAACGGACUUCUGGAAGAAAAUAUACAAUGAAUAUUACCAGCCGCCGAAACCUUUGUCGUCUUCGUCGAAUUCCUUAAGUUUCGGAAUAAUUUUGAUGAUCAUGCCAUUUUUAGUUAACAUAUUUUAAUAUAGUUUUAAAUUCCAUUUAAUUUCAUUUAUAUGUGUAUUAUUUUUGAAAACACUUAAUUAUUAUAUGUCGUGUUUUCCAGUUAUAUUGAAAAAAAAAAGCCCAAAGAAUUCUGUUAACUAUAUUUAGAGACGAUUUGACAGUUACAUACGAUAAUAUUGGUCCAUUACUGGAUAUUAAUGACAGCUGUAGAAAGUAUUUAAAAUAGUAGUAGUAGUGCGUCGUUUAAUUCGUCAUUAUGAAAAUAAUCACCUAGCAACUUCAAAGGUUCGCUUUGUUAAAAAAGGAUUAUUAUUUAUUUCACUACUCUUUUAUUGAAAAACAUUAUGUGUUCUUGCACAGAAAAAGAAAGUAAGAAUGAUAAAUUUAAUGAGCAGAAAUAUAAAUCUAUGUAUGAAAAAACGAAACUGACUUAUCUCCACUGCUCUUUUCUUAUCCUGACUUAUCUUCUCACUACACUUGGUUACUGCACACGUACGUACCUACACAUGUAACGUGCAAAUGCGCAAUUGAGUUCUAUUUAAACUUGACACAUACUUAGAAGACGCUAAGAUAUUUUUAGGAAUACAUUUUUUAGUUGUUUAUAAUGUUGUAAAUGUUAUGCCAUUGUUGUUUUUAUUAAUUUAAGAUUACAGUAUUGUUUAAAUUGUAUUUUUUUAAGCUUGUAGUUUAUAUGAGUUUGUUCAUUCAAGCUAAGUAUUUUUAUAAAAAUACAUUUUAAUGUAAGUGCCUUACGAUUAAAUUUUAAGAAUAUUUAAAUAUUUGGAAUGUGCCUUUAUUUUUAUUUUAUUUUUUUUGGAUAUUUGGAAAUGUAUUGAUUCUAUACUUCGCGACGAAUACUUUCACUGGCUAACUAAUUUAAGUGAUUAAAGUUCAUUUUUUUUUUGAUAAAACUAAAUAUUAAUAAAAUGAUAUUUUUAAUAUAUUAUAAAGUAAUGCAUUUUUCACAAUUCUGUACUUAUUUUGUCUGUUACUAUUUAUAUUUCAAAUUAAAAAUAUUUUAAAUUACGA